AUGACGGUUCAAUUAAUGGCGUGUAACAGAGGUUUGUUAGAUAUACCAUUACAAUAUUAUUUGGAACGAUUAGAUUUAUGGACAAAUGAUAUAACAGAGCUGGAUAUUCAAACAAUUGAAGUUAGCGAUGAAAUAUUAUUGAAACAUACGUUUGUUAUUCUGGGUGGAUUAGAAUUAAGAGUAGAAAGACAGAAUCAGACUGACAAUGAUCAGUGGCGGCGCGAAGAGGUUGGGAGCAUGGGGGAGGGGGAUUUGGAUAUUGAAAGACUUACAGUUGCUCCCGCGACAGUUGCUCCCGCGACAGUUGCUCCCGCGACAGUUGCUCCCGCGACAUUUGCUCCCCGGGCACUUGCUCCUCAGCGACAAUUGCUCCACAGACACUUGCUCCCGUGA